AUGGAAACUGCCCAAGGAACACCUGUAGCGUCAGCACCAUCGGACAUGCCGGAUACGGUCUCAACAGCUGAAAUUCAAGGAUGGUUGACCCAAAUUGAAAUACGCAUCAAUGAAAUUUGCAUAAUUUCGAGUGAAGGUAAAUUGAACACGGACCAAAAAUUGAGGAUUAACAACCUUACAAAGAGCGUCAUGGGUGGAGUCUCGCAGCUAGCCGUUCAAUACCAGUCGGCCAAGAUGAAUUAUUUACUGUGUCAUGCUAAAGUGAAGAACUUAACCCAGCAAAGAGACUAUAGUACCCAACUUCAUGAACUUAAGCAGUACCUACAAGCAGCACCCAAAACUACCGAAGUAAACCAAUCCUUCGCCGAUAUGAUCAGAACCGGAAAAACGUCCACUGUUGUGCCAACCAAAACUAGUAGCAUCGCAAUUUACCCCGCCGAUAAGGAGAAAUCCAGUGAGGAUACAAAAAAACUAGUCCAAAACCUAAUCAAGCCCGAAGCCCUCAAACUACAUGUUUGCGGUAUGAGGAAGACGAAAAAUGGUGGUGUCAUAAUUAGCACAGAUAGAAAGGACGACCUCGAAAAGCUCAAAGCGUCCCAACAGCUCCAACAAUCAGGACUUAAACUAGAAGACACUGCCAAACGGAGAUCCAAGAUAAUCCUGCUGGGGAUACCGACAAACAUGCCCGAAAAAGAUGUGUUUGACUGUAUAUUCGAACAGAACAUAUUAGACCUGCAACCUAAUUUCUCCAGAGAUGUAUUUAUGAACUCAGUCAAACUCAGUCACAAAUCAGGCAAAAAGGACAGCUCUACCUGCAACUAUAUUUUGGAAUGUACGGCCGAAAUCAGAAGAAUGCUUAUACAACAACAGCGUGUAUAUAUCAAUUGGUCUUCCUGUCCGGUACGAGACUUUACUCUUUUGACCUUAUGCUAUUUCUGUCAGCAAUAUGGACAUUCAGCUAAGUUCUGCAGAGAUACAGAGCCCACAUGUGGACAUUGCGGAUCAUCAGGGCACAGCUCCAAGAAGUGUGCAAGGAGUGAGGCUUCCAAAUGUGCUACAUGUCAGCGCUUUAAGAAACCGUCCAACCAUAAAACAGGAGACGAUCAGUGGCCAGCGAGGAAAAAUGCGCAAACUAGAUAUUUAAGUUCUAUAGACUAUGAGGGUGCCUAG